UCCUUUAUACAGACAAAGUUCUCCGCCUUCCACUUCUAAAAAAACACCCUCCUUUUUCUCCCUUUUCCACUUCCGCUCCUCUCUCUCUCUAAACUAAAAAUGGCGGAUCUUUCAAAAAGCACCAACAAAAAACCAGUUAGUCUGAACCACCGCCACCACCGCCUCCUCCAAGACCUCUCCGCUCCUCCCAAACAACCACAGUCAGCCACACCCUCAGUGGAGGACGGGGAAGAAGAGAGUGUAUUCAAUGUGAAGCUCGAAGGACGACGUCGUUUUCGCAAAGCUGAAGCAGAGGAGGAUAACAUCCCUAAUUUCGGUGGAAUCACUGAUUUUGAUUCUUCUCCUGAAGAGGAGAAGCCUACGAAGGUUAAGAUCGAAGGAAGACGGAGACUUUGCAAAGUCUCUUUUGGAGAUAAUGCGGAUGGUGAGAGUAGAGAAGAAGUGAAAACUGAUUCUAGUUUUGAUGAUAUUGCUGAUUUUGAUUCGCCCAUACCGUCCAAAAAUGUUGGUGAUUGUGACAAUAAUAGGGGGAUUAAUGAGAUAAAAGAUAUUCUUAAUGACUUGACCUCAAGGCUUGAUCUUUUGUCGAUUGAGAAAAGGAGAAUGCCUGAAAAUGGUAACGUGGUUAAGAAAGUUGAUGUGGUUGAAUAUGCGAGUGCUGAGUCUUCGUUUUCUUCAUCUGCUGGCCCAUCUGAUUCCUCAUCGAAUGUGAAUAAGAAUUUUGUGGAUGCGUAUGAAGAUGGUCAUUUGCUGAGCGGGUCAUUUGCUGACGAGGUUGACAGUAAGGGCAAUGACACUUGUAAAGGGCCAAAGAAGAACGAAUAUGGAAGGGUGGAUGAAAAGUUAGUCCCCGUGGGAAAAUCUUUUGCGUCCAAUGUUGUAGAAGAGGAAGGCGAUGUGCAGAUUGUGUCUGACCGUGAUGACUAUGCCACUAGGGUGGAGAAAACUAAUAAAGUUGCUCUAAAAGUGAAGAAAAAAGAACCCACAAGGUUCCAUGAGAAAUUGAGGUCUGUAGGACGGUCUUCUUUGCUUAGUCUUCGAGAUGAAUCAGAGGACAAGGAAGAUGACUGUGAGGUUUUGACCAGCAAAAAGGUGGUCAAGAAAGUUGGGAGACCUGAUGCCAUUACUAAGUACAAUUUAUUAUCUGAUGAAUCUAGUGUGACUGAUGUGUCGGACAAUCAAGCAGAUACAGAGGAUGAUAGUUGCAUUACAUUGCCUGGACCAAAAUCUACAUACAAAUUAUCCGGUACAAUUGCAAAAAUGCUGUAUCCUCAUCAGCGUGAAGGUUUAAGAUGGCUCUGGUCUUUGCAUUGUCAGGGCAAGGGUGGAAUCUUAGGAGAUGACAUGGGCUUGGGGAAAACGAUGCAGAUUUGCAGCUUUCUAGCAGGUCUCUUCCAUUCCAAAUUGAUUAAGAGGGCAUUGGUUGUGGCCCCUAAAACACUGCUCUCCCAUUGGAUUAAAGAACUGUCUGUUGUGGGGCUUUCUGCGAAGACUAGAGAAUAUUUUGGGACAUCUUUAAAAGCUCGGGACUAUGAGCUGCAAUAUAUACUUCAGGACAAAGGAAUUCUCCUGACAACAUAUGAUAUUGUGCGGAACAACUCAAAAUCCUUACGAGGGGACCAUUACUUUAUCGAUGAUGAAAGCGAGGAUAGUUACAUAUGGGACUAUAUGAUUCUUGAUGAGGGACAUCUCAUAAAAAAUCCUAGUACUCAGAGGGCUAAAAGUUUGCUAGAGAUACCAAGUGCUCAUUGUAUUGUCAUUAGUGGCACUCCCAUUCAAAACAAUCUUAAGGAAUUGUGGGCCUUGUUCAACUUCUGUUGUCCUGGUCUACUUGGUGACAACAAAUGGUUUAAGGAAACAUAUGAGCAUCCCAUACUUCGUGGAAAUGAAAAAAAUGCUUCUGAUAGGGAGAAGCGUAUUGGUUCAACGGUAGCAAAGGAAUUGAGAGAACGCAUUCAACCUUACUUUUUGCGCCGUAUGAAGAAUGAAGUAUUCAAGGAAGAUGAUGCUACAACUGCUAAACUUUCCCGAAAGAAUGAGAUCAUUGUGUGGCUCAGACUAACUGCUUGUCAGCGGCAACUAUAUGAAGCCUUUCUGCGGAGUGAAAUUGUUCUUUCAGCUUUCGAUGGCUCGCCAUUGGCUGCCCUAACGAUUCUGAAGAAAAUAUGUGAUCACCCGCUUCUCUUGACAAAAAGAGCAGCUGAGGAUUUGUUGGAGGGAAUGGAGUCAAUGCUAAAUCCAGAAGAUGCAGCUGUAGCAGAGAAAUUGGCAAUGCAUCUAGCUGAUGUUGCUGACAGAACUGACACUGACUUUCAAGAGAAGCAUGACAACAUCUCUUGCAAGAUCUCUUUUAUAUUGUCACUUCUGGAUAAUUUAAUUCCAGAAGGGCACAAUGUUCUUAUAUUCUCUCAAACUCGCAAGAUGCUUAAUCUCAUCCAGGAAUCCCUGGUGUCCAAUGGUUAUGAGUUCAUACGCAUAGAUGGUACAACAAAAGCUACUGACAGAACAAAAAUUGUUAGUGACUUCCAAGAAGGCAAUGGGGCUCCUAUAUUUCUCCUAACAUCUCAAGUUGGUGGUCUUGGUCUUACACUAACAAAAGCAGACCGUGUGAUUGUGGUUGAUCCUGCUUGGAAUCCUAGCACGGAUAACCAGAGUGUUGAUCGUGCAUAUCGAAUUGGGCAAAUGAAGGAUGUUGUUGUCUACAGACUAAUGACUUGUGGAACUGUUGAAGAGAAAAUUUAUAGGAAGCAGAUUUUCAAGGGGGGAUUAUUUAGAACAGCAACUGAAAACAAAGAACAAAUUCGAUACUUUAGCCAGCAGGAUCUUCGGGAGCUGUUCAGUCUCCCAAAGCAGGGGUUUGAUAUUUCCCUCACACAGCAACAGUUACAUGAAGAGCAUGACAGCCAGCACAAAAUGGAUGAAUUUCUGGAAUCCCACAUAAAAUUCUUAGAGACUCAAGGUAUAGCAGGAGUAAGUCACCACAGCCUAUUAUUCUCAAAGACAGCAACUGUACAAGUUGCACAAAAAGAAGAAGAUGAGAUAAGGAAAAAGGUAUCCACAAUGGUGGGAAAUUCAUCAUCAAGUUAUUCACUUGAACGUGAUGUUGAUGGGGCUGUGCAUGCUUUCAAUCCCAAGGAUGUAAAUCUGAAGAAGAAAAGCUCUUCCCCAGAUAGUGUGGGUAAAUUGACAGAAUCUGAAAUCAAAGAGAGAAUCAAUCGGCUGUCACAAAUACUUGGAAAUAAGGCUACCAUUUCAAGGUUACCAGACCAAGGAGCGAAGCUACAAAAGCAGAUUGGCGAAUUAAAUUCAGAGCUCAACAAGCUGAGAAUGGAGAAGGCAACAGAGAGAGAAGGGAUCAUCAGUCUGGAUGAUUUAACUGGGGAAUUUGAAAGACGAUUGAAUGUAUAGAUCAUUUUUACUGAAGCAAAUGGAGGCAACAGAAGUUGAAAGAAUAUAAUUUUGGUGGCUAUACUGAGAAUGGCCAUAUAUAUCUUCAACAUACAACGCUUUCUGGGCGGGGGCACGUACUUUAUACGCUUGCUGUAUAUUGAAUCAAGUGUAAUUAAUCCAUGUCAAAUUACGAUAUAAAUUCUGUUUGGGGCCUUGCAUGUUAUUUCAAGAUAACAAUGGUGCCCAAAAAAGCGUCGAUAUUGGUUAUAGAACAUCUGAAGAGAUUCUUAAAAAUUUCAGUUUGAUUAUAUUAUAAAAACUUCAAUAA